GCCCCAUGGACGCCCUGAGACUGGCGAAUUCGGCUUUUGCUGUUGACCUGUUCAAACAACUGUGUGAAAAGGAGCCACAGGGCAAUGUCCUCUUCUCACCGAUCUGUCUGUCCACCUCUCUGUCACUUGCUCAAGUUGGUGCCAAAGGUGACACAGCCAAUGAAAUCGGGCAGGUCCUCCACUUUGAAAAUGUCAAAGAUGUGCCCUUUGGAUUUCAAACAGUCACCUCAGAUGUAAAUAAACUGAGUUCCUUUUACUCUUUGAAACUAAUCAAGCGGCUCUAUGUAGACAAAUCGUUGAAUCCUUCCACAGAGUUUAUCAGCUCUACAAAAAGGCCAUAUGCAAAUGAAUUGGAAACUGUGGACUUCAAAGAUAAACUGGAUGAAACAAAAAGUCAGAUCAACAGCUCCAUUAAGGAACUCACAGAUGGUCACUUUGAAAACAUUUUGUCGGACAACCGUGUAAACGAUCAGACCAAAAUCCUAGUGGUUAAUGCUGCCUACUUUGUUGGAAAGUGGAUGAAGAAAUUUCCAGAAUCAGAAACCAAAGAAUGCCCUUUCAGAGUCAGCAAGACAGAGACGAAGCCAGUGCAAAUGAUGAAUCUGGAGGCCACGUUCUGUAUGGGCAACAUAGAUGACAUCGGCUGUAAGAUCAUCGAGCUUCCUUUCCAGAACAAGCACCUCAGCAUGCUUGUCCUGCUGCCCAAGGAUGUGGAGGACGAGUCCACGGGCCUGGAGAGGAUUGAAAACCAACUCAACUCAGAGACACUGUUACAAUGGACCAACCCCAGCAUCCUGGCCAAUGCCAAGGUCAAACUUUCCCUUCCGAAGUUUAAGGUAGAAAAGAUGAUUGAUCCCCAGGUUAGCUUGGAAAACCUAGGGUUGAAAACUACCUUUAAUGAAGAUACCUCUGAUUUCUCUGGGAUGUCUGACACCAAGGGCGUGGCCCUCUCCAAUGUGAUUCACAGCGUGUGCCUAGAAAUAACAGAAGAUGGUGGUGAGUCCAUCGAAGUGCCGGGAUCCCGGAUCUUGCAACACAAGGAUGAGUUCAAUGCCAACCACCCAUUUAUUUACCUCAUCCGGCACAACAAAACUCGGAACAUCAUUUUCUUUGGCAAGUUCUGUUCUCCCUAAGUGGCAGAGCCU